AUUAAGCUUUAUUGUAACACGAAAACUGAACAGACAUACUCAGGAUCAUAGAAAUUUUACGCUGCAGAAUUUUACUAUAAGAUACUCGUCCAAACUGUUCAGUCUCUAUUUAAAAAUAUAAAGCCAGUUGCCAGUUGCACCCGACCAUAGCCGACAGCAGUUGGGAUCGAGCCCGAUCAAGCCAAAAAUGUGAUUGUCCCGUGAACUUAAGUGGAAAAAAAUUAAAAAUUGAAACAAGGAAAUAUACAAAAAUUAAAAUCACUGUAAUACGGAACGCUAAUAUAUUCUAGAUGCACUCUAAAUGUUUCAUUAAUUAAUUACGCACAAAUGUAUUCUUAAUUUGUUACCCUAGCAAUGACGAUAACUAUUUUAGGAUCUUCGUCACCCUACUUCUCCACUCCCUGCCUCUCACCUUGGAUGCGUUUCGGCUGUUUGCGCGCAAUGCAUGAUACCCGCAACGUGUGACGUAACAGCAAGCUUGGGUCAGUGGUCAGAGGGGUGUGGGGAUACGAAGGUAUGGAACGAAGUGUUGCGAUUUCGAUUUUGUGUUCGCGUGACAAAUGUAUACCCUUCAUAUCAUCAGAGGUUUAAAGUAUAAGAAUGUUUAUUUAUACAAGCAAUGAAGGAUGAAUCCAGUCUAAAUAAAUCAACGCUGUCAAUAAUGUUUUUUUAUAAUUUACGUAGUCAUAUCUUAGUGCCUGAAUUUUUUCUUAGAACUUAUAAUGUAAAUAAAUACUGCGAGACCAACAUGUGUUAAUUGUGGCUUUACAGAUAAUGAUUGCAGAAGAAUAGUGGAAUAUUGUGGCUUAGGCGCUUCUUGAGAAGAUGACCACAGGUUUGCGUCAUAUUGCAACUGAACCAUCCAGUCUGAGUAAUAAAUACUUCAAUAUGGACAAGAAACGAAGUCCUUUGCCUUGUAACAAGAUUAAAUCUGCCACAGGGGUAGCAUCUGAUUCUGAAGGCAGUUUGGAGAGCAACAGUCUGUCUGCUGAGUCAAAUAAUGAGCACCUCCCAAAAACACCACCAAAGGACAAUGCAGCAUAUAAGCGAGGUGCCAAACGUAGAUCAGAAUGGGAGAUCUUAGAAGGUCUGAAAGAUGGGCAAAGGUUUGACAAGAAACCAGACGUCUAUACUGGUUAUCUGCACAAGAAAAGGAAAUGGCCACUUAAGGGCUGGCACAAACGAUACUUUGUAGUGGACAAAGGUAUCUUGGUGUACGGUAAAGGUCCAGGGGACAUCGCACGAGGAAAGAUUCAUGGUUCAGUUGAUAUUGGUUUGUCUGUUAUAUCAACUAAAGCAAAACGAAAGCGACUUGAUAUAGAUGCUGAAGAAUUUAUUUAUCACCUAAAGGCUAAGACUCUUGAGACUUUUGUAAAGUGGGUGGAACAGCUGAAACAACAUCGACUGUAUCGACAACAUCUUCUCACAUUUGGCACAAGAGAUGUUCCUGUAAUAAGGGCACAGUGUAGUAGUGUGGAGGAUGACAGCCCUGAUCACAGUAAGAUUGCUGUGACACCUGAAAUUAUUCCAAAUCGUGAUGGCUCUUUAACAAGGAAUGUGAAGCCAUGUUCUCCCCCACCUAGUAUUUUGGGUUCUGGCACAGGUGCAGGAAGUCGGUUAGCUGCUUGGGUCAUUGACUCUGCACCACCAUUAGAGACUCUCAACAAAGAGCUGGGACAGGUCACACAGAACAUUGUGCAACUUACACGAAUUCUGGAACAGAUAGAGUCAAUGCCAACCAUUGAUGCAGAGCUGACAAAUGAAGGCUUUUCUCCUAAUGUAAAAAAAGACCGUAAGAAAUUUGGUCUUCGGAAGAAAAAGAGUUCCAAAGGAAGUUCUGUAGAUUUGACAGGUUCUAGUCCCAACAAGGCUACAGAACCUGAAUCAGCAUCUCCACUCUCAGUGAGUUUUCCUGGCACAGAGACUUCUUCAUUCACGGGCCUCACUGUUACAUCUAUCCAGCAGCAGCCUGCAACUGGGGCCUUGAGCAGCAGCAACACUUCGCUUCCUACAACACUGGCUGCAAGACCUCAAAGCCUACCAGGGCCUGAACACCUGCUCCCUCUUACAAUGAAUGCUGUAACUACUAUUAACAACACUGCAGCACUCACACUAUGUAACUUAGACACCAAGCCCUCAGGCACUCCAGAUAACCAGAUUCGAGAAGAUUUUGCAAUAUUGGCCAAAGACAUUCAUGGUAGCUUAAAGCUGGUGUUGUACACACUAGUUACAGAGCGUGACAGACUGAAGACUGCAUUGGAUUCAGAUAGUACAUUUCUCUUAAACUGUGGUGCUUCUCUCAGUGCAACUGCUACUGGCAAUGUGGUAGCUAGCCUACGAAAUUCCCUUAAUCAAGCUUUGCAGCAGAAUGCUGACUUGCGCUCAAGACUGGCUCGUAUCCAUGACACAGCAGAUCUCACUGACAUUUCUUCAGUUGGACCUGCCUCUGAAGUGCUUCAGAGGCCUCUUCAUGCAUCUCUAUCGUACAGCUCGUCUUGUGUUAGUGCAUCUGAAUUCUUUGAUGCUGAAGAGUAUCAGUUACAUCAGGACAGACAAGGAGGCCGUGAUGGUAGUGAUACAUCAUCUGAAGCAGGUAGCAUCUCCAGUGAAGAGGGCAGUGUUAGCAGUGAGAAUAGUGAAGUGGGUACAGAGUACACACCAGCCCAGAGUUUGGUUGGAGGCCCUGGGGCUUCCAGUAUGAAGUGCAUGACAGGACGGCGCACCAAACUGCCAUCACCAAGACCUGACACUGAAGGGCUGUCUCUGUGGAACCUGCUGUGCAAAAACAUUGGCAAAGAUCUGUCACAGGUCUCAAUGCCAGUUGCAUUAAAUGAACCUCUGAACAUGUUGCAGCGCAUGUGUGAAGAGCUGGAGUACAGUGAACUUCUGGAUAAAGCUGCAGAUGUAGAUGAUCCAUAUGAGAGAAUGGUAUAUAUUGCAGCAUUUGCAGUAUCAGGUUAUGGUUCUUCCUAUUUUCGGGCAGGAAGCAAACCAUUCAACCCCCUAUUAGGAGAGACAUACGAAUGUAUACGAGAGGAUAAGGGUUUCCGUUUCAUAGCAGAACAGGUGAGCCACCAUCCACCUAUAAGUGUGUGCUAUGCAGAAUCAAGAAACUUUGUUUUCAGCCAGGAUGCUAGGAUCAAGACAAAAUUCUGGGGAAAGUCUAUGGAGUUCCAGCCAACAGGUAGUGUAAAUGUGCAGCUUCCUAAGUACGGUGACCAAUAUGAAUGGAACAAAGUAACAACAUGUGUGCACAAUCUCUUUGGUGGCCAGCGCUGGGUAGAUCAGUAUGGAGAACUGCGGAUUACCAAUGGCAGAAUCAGCUGCAAGCUCACUUUUGUCAAGGCAAGCUAUUGGUCAGCCAAGCGCCAUGAAGUGUUUGGUAUAGUGACAAAUGAAGAAGGGAAGGUUGUGCGGAAUCUGUUUGGGAAAUGGAGUGAAGCCCUAUACUGUGGAGUUGCACCCUCUGCUCGGUGUAUCUGGAGGCCAGGGACAAUGCCAGAAGAGUAUGAAAUGUAUUAUGGAUUCACCAGAUUUGCAAUGGAGCUUAAUGAAAUAGAUCCAGACAUGGCCAAAUAUCUUCCAAUAACAGACACAAGAUUCCGGCCAGAUCAGAGGUUACUAGAAGAAGGUAAUCUGCCAGCAGCAGAAACUCUGAAGCUUCAGCUGGAGCAGGCGCAGCGGGACCGACGUAAACGUAAGGAGCAGGAAGGUAUACUGCAUGAGCCAAGAUGGUUUAGCAAAUGCAUUACUGUGGGUGGCGAAGAGACAUGGACAUACAAUAACAAGUACUGGGAAUGCCGCAAGUCCCCUGGAUUUGUUAACAUGCAGUUUGAAGCACUGUGGUGACAGAUACAGCAAGUCUUUACAAGAUGUAAGGUCGUUUUAAAUGCUCAGGCAGUGCUUUUUGAUUUCGUUGUACCUUUUUGAAGAGCUGGCUCAAUAAUAUCUAGGCAUAAUAUUUAUAAGCAUCAGAUCAGAUCAGAAGAAGUGUAUAUAUAUUGUCUUUGUUCUUAAUUAAAAAAAUAAUUAUAAUUAUAUUUAUCUGACAUUACAUUUUAUUUGUUUUGCAUAAAUUAAGAUUUAUUGUCAGAUUAUUGUAAAAGUUUAGAGAAUAUUAUUUAUCUUGUUGUGGAGAAUUGUAUAAUUACUAUAGAGGGUCCAGAUGACUUGGUUGUGUUUAAGUUCUUUUAAGGCUAAUGGUUAAUUAUUUUCUUUGUUUCUUUGUCCUGUUGAAUGCCUAUAAGAUAAUACACGUUAUUUUGUUUUAAUUAUCACACGUAUACCUGAGAGGAUGUGAAGAGAGAACUGUUUUUAAAAGUAAUGGCAUAUGAUUAAGAUAUUGUUAUCUGUGUAUUGCUAGCUUAAUUCAAGGAGAAUUUUUUGUUUUGUUUGUUAUACUGGAUUUUUCAGUAUGUUGAAUGCAGUAUGAACAAUACCUAUUACUUCUCCUUGACUUUGCUGGAUUUAUGGCCUCAGACUGCUAUGAAUUCAAGUUAUGUGUCUGAAUGAAAGUAAACAAUUUUGUUGCCCAUACCAGAACUUCACGACUGAAAUGUCUGAAAAUCUGUGUGCCUGGUUGAUGCCAGACCUAAGAGAGGUUGUUUUCCAAUUUGAACAUUUCAUCUUAUAAAUUUUGUUUAUGCUAGGGUAAUUAAUAUAAGUCGCUUUGAAUUGAUCCAGUCCACACUCAGUUAUGACUUAUGAAAACUGGAGUGUAAUUGUUUAGUUGAAAAUUAUUUUGCACUUAUAAGCCUUAUAAGAGCACAGAUGGCACACAAAAUUAUACCCGAUUGAAAGUUGGAAUAAAACCUUUAUAUUCAUAUUAUGGUGCAUAUCUGUCUAUGAACACAAAGUACAGUUCAUGAAUAAUAUCCUGCUUGAAUUACAUGCUCACCAUGACCACUGAUCUGUUGUGCAGCUUCUGAAACGUGAACGGCUAUGUUCAUGAUCACUUAACAUCACAUAUCUUGUGUAAUUUCACCAUACAUUUGAACAGUCAAAGCCAUGAGGUGCAUUAUUGAGGCUGGUCUUUUUGGAAAGAGUUUUUUCAUAAGGUGACCCCAAAGGAAGAUGUCACAAAAGUUUAUGUCUGGGCUGGUGGGUGGCCACUUGUGUCCAUGUCCAUGGCAAGCAUGGUAUGGAUGGGAAAUCACUCUUAACCUGAAUGUGUCAUAUAGGAAGUCCAAGACAGUGUUUGCUGUGUGUGAUGUAGCUCCAGUCUGGCAUGAAUCACCAUGUAUUUAACAGCAGACCAGUUGCAUUAAGCCAAAGCCCAAAACUGUUACACAUUGUGCUCACAUAGCACUUGCUGUUUACAGUUUGGUCAAAGAAAAGCAGUCCCAUUAGCCCAGGGCUGGAGUUGGCAGAUACUGCAGUCUUUAUUGUCUGCAUCCUGUUGUCUCUCACAAUGUGUUGUUUUUUUUUGGGGGGGGGGCUGUCAACACAACAAACCUUCGAACAUACUAGUUCAGUAUCACUAUACUGACCUUUUCAAAGUAUCUGCUACAUGUUUCAACCCAUGUUUGGAUCUCCAUCACACAGUUUCUUAAAUAUGUGCUUGUUAUUGAAUUGUCCUAAUAUGUAUUCAUAUUAAUACAGAGAGAUCAAAAAGUCGCACACAUCAGACUAAACGUUGUUAUAAAUUGUAUUGCACUUACUACAAUUAUAUCUCCUACCACUUCAUGGUAAUGUAGGAGUACUAACAACGAGUAGAAACGCCAUCUGUCGUGUAUCAGUCAUAUGACAUCUGCAGUAUAGCUUUGUUUAUUGCAUGACAGACAUGUCGUUUUCCCAAGAACAAUAGAUAUUUGUUGGCAA